AUGGGCAAGACAUGGCGGUAUCUCGUCGGAGAUUCGCAGAUGCGUUGGAUUGGUCCCGAGAAGGGCCCCCUGUCCGGGAGGGCUCUGACAGUCGUUCACCUAGUGCUUAGUGCCUGCGUCAAUCCCUUGUGGGAUCUGUGGGGUAAAUAUCUGAAUAAGCCUGUCUGGGAGGUUGUUUCUGAUAUGACGCCUCAGGAGGUGGUGCGAUGUGUGGACUUCCGAUACAUCCUCGACGCUAUUACCCCUGAAGAAGCGAUUCUAAUGCUAGAGAAGGUCAAUGAGACAAAGGACACUAGGAGACAGGACGCCUUGAGCAACACUGCUGUUCCGGCCUAUACCACCCAGGCAGGAUGGUUGGGAUUCACGGAUAACCGAAUGAGAGAGCUCAUCCGAGCCAAUCUCGAUGAAGGAAUGGAUAAGUUCAAGUUGAAGGUUGGAGGCAACGUCGAAGAUGAUAUUCGAAGACUUCAAAUCGCCCGGGACGAAAUCGGCUAUGAUCGGAUGCUUAUGAUUGACGCGAACCAAGUCUGGAGUGUUCCAGAGGCCAUCGAUACCAUGAAGAACUUUGUCGUUUUCAAGCCAGCGUUUAUCGAGGAACCGACCUCUCCAGACGACAUCCUCGGCCCUGCUGCGAUACGGGAGUCACUUAAACCCUACGGCAUCGGUGUUGCCACGGGUGAACAUUACCAAAACCGCGUCAUCUUCAAGCAACUGUUGCAAGCCAGUGCCAUCGACUAUUGUCAAGUGGACGCCUGUCGACUAGGAGGUGUGAAUGAGGUCUUGGCAGUCCUUCUCAUGGCGAAGAAGUUCAACCACCCAGUCGUCCCACACAGCGGAGGCAUCGAGCUGAACGAGUACACUCAACACCUUGCUUUGCUGAACUACAUCUGUAUUUCGGGACAGAAGAGCUUAUUGGAACACAUCAACUCCUUUUCCGAGGUGUUGAAGAACCCGGUCCAAACUAAAGGGGGGCACUUCGUGACGCCAUGGGAAGCUGGGUACAGCGCCGAGUACAAGCCAGAAGCACUGGACAUCUACGAGUAUCCAAAUGGAAGGUUCUGGCGAAGUGAUCAGGGCAUGGAGAUCAGAAACGGUCCCAGAGUCUAG